UCUGUGAGUCUGAUUGCCGCUCUGAACUUAACCUAACAAAUUUGUGCUGGUGGAAGAAUUUGAGUAUUUUAAAUAAGUUCUUGUUUUAGGAAUUGUACUUUUCGUUGAACACACACCAGAAUGACAGAGAUAUAUACAACCAAUGCUGACUAUGUCGAUAUACAUGGUCGAAACUUGAGUGUUUUGAUCAAAUCAGAUGGAACAAUAUUCAUACCUUUAAAUGACAUAAGGAAGACAGGUUUCCAUAUUUUUCCUAAAUCAGAUUAUGUACGCUCAACUGUUGGAAAAUCAGCACUGUUGGAUGAAUUACGUUUAUUUUUAUUAGGUGCUGCAAGAGAGUUUCUGAUACAAAGAGAUGUCAGUGUCAUUAAAAAUGAAGAUAUAAACAAAUCCAUUGAAGAGUGUCGUGAAUUAUUAACUAAUAAUGGGCCAUCGCCCAAACUCAACCACUCUCCUUCGGGUGUUCUUGGAAGAACAUUGCUACAGAAUCCUGCGGAAUUGAUCAGAUCAAAUAAAUCGCCAUCCCUUCCAGCUCAGCCCCAACUCAACAGAUCUGAUAAUUUUGUAAAUCAGACUAACAGAAGAAGCAACACAAGGCUGAGCGAUCCAGUUAAUUCACUGCGAAUGCCACAUCAAAAUGAUAAUCCAAAGCCGACAAAUUACGAGUUAGACAAUUCUCAGAAAAUACAGAACAGUUUUGGUCAAAAAAGGAAACAAUAUAAUCAUUUGGACAAAUCCAAUCAGAAUGAAAACAACAGGAGUAAUCAGAGUAAUAAUUAUAAUUCAACUACUAGAAAUCAUAGGAACAAUAGUGAAUCUAGAUCUACCAGUGAGAACGAAGAAUCAGUUCAAUUUAUAAUGUUGUCUAACCUUACUUUGAAGAGAAUUGAACUGCAACCUGUUAUGCAAGAUAUAAAAGUCGUCCAUAUUGAAGUCAAUAAUGAUAAACUGAAGUACUGGGUACAACUGGUGGAAAAUGAGCAGUUAGUGGUGGAUAUUAUUGAAAAAUGUAUGGAAGUAGGUCACUCUGCUCCUGUUGUUAAACCAAAAAUGGAUGAAAUUUAUUUAGCCCAGAAUAAGGAGGACGAAUUAUGGUAUCGUGCCAUUGUAGUAAGGGUCACUCCAAUGGUUAAAGUGCAUUUCUUAGAUUUUGGUAAUGAUGCAGUCGUAACUGAAGUAAGGGCAAUUCCUGAUGAUUUGAAAGCAAUUCCUGCACAAGCUGUGCGGAUUGUUGUAUCAAGACCUGAGGGUAGCAACCAAGUGGUUCUGGAAAUGGACGAAGUUGUCACAGUGAAGAAAAUAAAACAAUUUGUAGACACAACAUAUUUAGUUCAAAGGGGCAAUAAUAAAAUUAACGCACCUCCAUCUCAAAACCAAUCAGAGCGUAUUCUGAUUGAUGAAAUAAAGUACUCCAGAAACAUGCUGGACAAAGAUAUCGUCAAGAUAAUCUCUCAUUCUGAUGGAAAACUUUAUUUACGUAAUAAGGAACAUCAUUCCAAACUGGUUGAUGUGGAUAAGGAGAUAAUCAACAUGUCAAAGCAAGUGAUAAAUGAUGUAGUGCCUAACCAGUUAGUUCUUUCUAAAAAGGAGGGUUCUGAGGAAAAAUUGUGUCGAGCUAUAGUUAAGAAAGUAGAAGGUGGAUUUGCCGUAGUUCAUUUCAUGGAUUACCAUAAAGAUGAAAAGGUAUCAAUGAAGAAUAUCUUCGGUGUCAAUAGGGCAAUAGCAAAUAUGCCACCUACAUUAAUUGAGAUCCCUUUGAAAGGAUACAGCAGCACCAAGUUCAACAGCACUGUUGCAGCUAUGCUUGAAGAAAUGAUCAUGACUAAUGUCAAGUUCUCUGUGGCGAAGAAUGGCUCUGAUUUCGACUUAUUACUGAAGGAUAAACCUUUAUCAGAAAUUCUGUUCACAAAUAGUGGUAAUACGAAACCAAUCCAAGAAUCAAACGCAGUGGCCGGACCUUCAAGUGAUAAAGGAAAAGUUGGGAAAUCUGAUGACAAAUAUGUUAAAGUUAUGUUUGAUGAUAUGAAAUGUUAUGAGGCGCCUAUGGGAAAAGGCGAUUACAUGUUAACUAAUUAUAAGGAUGCUACAGAAUUCACUGUUACUUCUACCAAUGACAGGGAGUCAGAUAUGCUGAGUAGAUGUACUGGCAUAGAAGUCAAUGAUAAAGAACCAUAUGAACCAGAUGACACUGAAAUGAUUUUGGCAUUCUUCGAAGGUGACUGGUACAGGGCCUUAGUGCUUGAAAAAAUGGAAAACGGGAUAUACCAAAUCCUUUUUGUAGAGUAUGGCAAUAUAAUAGAAGUUACAAAGAACGAGAUCAGGCGGUUCCCGAAAGAACUGAAAGAUAUACCUAUGUUGGGUCUUUUGUGUCAGCUGAAAGUUAAAAAUACAGAAGCAGUAAAAAAUAGACUGGAACAGUUGUUUGAGCCUGAUAAUAUUUACGAAAUAAAUUUCCUUUCCUACUCCAUGGAAACUCUUCAAUACACAGUUGAAAUACCCAAAAUAACAGAGAUUUUAGUACAGGAGGGAUUGAUAUGAAAAUCCGAUAUUUUAUUUGAAUAGAUUUAAAUACUAUAUGCCUCUCAUAGAGAAUAAGUUUUAUUUUUUUUUAAGUAUAAAUUGAAUUCCUUUUAAUAAAAAAAUUCUAAGAA